CAACAUGGCGGGUGUAGCGGAGACAGCGACCUCCGGGACCCACCUGAAUGGCGAUUUGGACCCGGACGACAGGGAGGAGGGAGCUGCCUCUACGAAUGAGGAGGCAGCCAAGAAAAAAAGACGAAAGAAGAAAAAGAGUAAAGGAGCUGUUGCAGGGCAACAGGAAACUGAUAAAGAAUCAGGAACCUCAGUUGAUGAGGUAGCAAGACAAUUAGAAAGACAAGCAUUAGAAGAGAAAGAAAGAGAUGAUGAUGAUGAAGCAAAAGUUCAGACAGACCCUCCCUCAGUUCCAAUAUGUGACCUGUAUCCUAACGGUGUAUUUCCCAAAGGACAAGAGUGCGAGUACCCACCCACACAAGAUGGGCGAACAGCUGCUUGGAGAACUACAAGUGAAGAAAAGAAAGCAUUAGAUCAAGCUAGUGAAGAGAUUUGGAAUGAUUUUCGAGAAGCUGCAGAAGCACAUCGACAAGUUAGAAAAUAUGUUAUGAGCUGGAUCAAGCCUGGGAUGACAAUGAUAGAAAUCUGUGAAAAGUUGGAAGACUGUUCACGCAAGCUAAUAAAAGAGAAUGGUUUAAAUGCAGGUCUGGCAUUUCCUACUGGGUGUUCUCUCAAUAACUGUGCAGCCCAUUAUACUCCCAAUGCUGGUGACACAACAGUAUUACAGUAUGAUGACAUCUGUAAGAUAGACUUUGGAACACAUAUAAGUGGUAGGAUUAUUGACUGUGCUUUUACUGUCACUUUUAAUCCCAAGUACGAUAUGUUAUUAAAAGCUGUAAAAGAUGCCACUAACACUGGAAUAAAGUGUGCUGGAAUUGAUGUUCGUCUGUGUGAUGUUGGUGAGGCCAUCCAAGAAGUUAUGGAAUCUUAUGAAGUUGAAAUAGAUGGGAAGACAUACCAAGUGAAACCAAUCCGUAACCUAAAUGGACAUUCAAUUGGGCCAUAUAGGAUACAUGCUGGGAAAACAGUGCCCAUUGUUAAAGGAGGAGAGGCAACAAGAAUGGAGGAAGGAGAAGUAUAUGCCAUUGAAACCUUUGGUAGCACAGGAAAAGGUGUGGUUCAUGAUGAUAUGGAAUGCUCUCAUUACAUGAAAAAUUUUGAUGUUGGACAUGUGCCAAUAAGGCUUCCAAGAACAAAACACUUGUUAAAUGUCAUCAAUGAAAACUUUGGCACUCUUGCCUUCUGCCGCAGAUGGCUGGAUCGCUUGGGAGAAAGUAAAUACUUGAUGGCGCUAAAGAAUCUGUGUGACUUGGGCAUUGUAGAUCCAUAUCCACCAUUAUGUGACAUAAAAGGAUCAUAUACAGCACAGUUUGAACAUACCAUACUGUUGCGUCCAACAUGUAAAGAAGUUGUCAGCAGAGGAGAUGAUUAUUAAACUUAGCUCAAAAGUCACCUCAACACCUUUAUUUUCUAAGCUUUGUUGGAAUACAUUAUACCAGAUUUAAUGUGCAACAUAUUGUCUGUUUUAACAGUGGACCUAUGUAAUACUUUAUCUGUGUUUAAAAAGGAAGGAAUUUGAUCAAAGGCAAACCUUCCAAUGUAAUUUAAUUAACCAAGGGAAAAGUUUUCAGGGUUUCAGAAAUGUUAACUGUCUCUCACUCCCCCUCCCCUCCCCGGAAAAUGCUAUAAAGCUCAAAUUAUUUAGGAAUGAGUAACACAUUUUGUUUCAAACACUUAAGAGAUGCUUUUCAGGUAUUUAUAUUACCAUAUUCCGACUUGGAUGCUUUGAAUGACUACAACCAAUUCUGCACCUAUGCCCUCUGGUAUUGCUUUUUAACCUUCCUAAAACCCAUUUUCUAAAAAAAUAAAGACAUUUUCAGAUCUG